GCAGCAGCCUCAGCUGUCAGACUGGGUUGGACUGAGGUCCAGCUCACACGGAGCUCCGUCUUCUGGCUAUGACUCUGUCGCAGAUGCGGGCGGCAGAGAGGAGGCGGCAGCAGCUAUGAUCCUCCGGUACGUCCGCCCUCCUCUGGACCUCUGGACAUGGAUCCGACGCCGCCGCGGGCAGACGAAGGUAGAGCCGUUCGUCAGACAGUGAGGUCCAUCUGAAAGGAAGGGGCCAAGCGACUCAGAAGAGGAUGCCCCAGCGCCCCCUGUGGGAGCUGCAGUGUCGCUGUCUAGCCUGUGCUACUGGCCUCUCUUUUUGGAUGAUGGAGGGAGAGCCCUUCACCUCUGCCCUUCACUCUCUGCUGCACUCCGCCGGGGGACACUUCGUGGCCCUCUCCUCCUCCCCUUCCUCUUCGUCCUCGUCUGACUCAGCCGUCACUGCCAUGUCCUUGGAGCAGAAGACCACUUUUGCCUUGGUCAUCUUGCUCUUCGUGUUCCUCCUCAUCCUCAUCGUGAGAUGCUUCCGCAUCCUCUUGGAUCCAUAUAGGAGCAUGCCGACGUCCACCUGGGCAGACGGGCUGGAUGGUUUGGAGAAAGGCCAGUUCGAUUACACCCUGGCUUAAGAAACACGAAGAGCCCAGAAUAGCCAGUGAACAGCUCAUACAUCACAACAGCCUCAGCUUCUUUUUUUUUCCUUCUCAAACUGAAAACUUCCAUCCACAACUCUGUGUGCUCACAUGAACUUGAUAAUGAGCACUAACAGGCCAAUGGAUGUAUUCGCUGGACUUGGAUUGUUGAAAAUCAAAUUAGAAUGUAUCUGCCACGUUCACUCUUACAAGUGUCUUUUUUAAUACGAUUAAACACAAUCCACCCUGCUGUUAUGCUGCCACAAUCACACUUCCCUGAACCAUUUUCCAACAACACUGCUACUUACAAAACACUGUACAGCAUUGUGUACAUGAGCUAUCCCUACCUUACCCCGGUGCAAUACCAAAUCCAUAACAUUAGUCCGCUGACCCCUUCUUGUCCCUGAAGUCACUUAAAGAUACUGUAUCUGCGUAUGCAGCUUCCACUCUGUCCUCCUUUCUCUUCAAGACUUGAACAAGGUUCAGAUUUGGCACAGUGCAUCGCAGCCUCACAGCCACUGCCCACCAACAGACUCCAGCGCUUUCAAACACAAGUCAUUUACUUUUCCUAACUCAAGCCAAGUGUCGAUUUUGCUUUACAGUCAAUGAAAUUUAAGAGGGUAAAUAUCCAGGACUUUAGUCAUGUGUGGAGGUCUGUAACAAUUAGCAGUGGAGUCUUACCAAGUUGAACAUGAAUAGGAAGUUAUUUUUGGAACUAUGCUGUACACUGUGAUAGUUUGUUGUGAUGCAAUAUGAUUUUUGUUUUAAUGCAAGAAAGGCCAUGUUAUUUUGACUGUCUGCUAAGCAUAUUUCUGAAUGGUCCUUGGUUUGUGUUAUCAAUGAAGGAUCUUGCAGACACAAAAUGUUUCAGGCUGUGAAAAAUACAUUCAACUGGAAGAACAUUCUGUUGUUCUUUGAUCGAAACAUCUUUAAACUUUUGUAAAUACUUCAGCUUCUAUUUUGGAGCUUUGAGAUGAUCAAAUGGCAAAUGUAUCACCAUGUGAAAAGAGUUAAAAAAUAGCCAAAUGAAGUAGCAACUUUGUCUUCCUUGAGGAUCUCAGCCAUGCAGGCAGCUUUUUUAUGUGUAUGGAGUAAAGCGUCUAUGUUGGUUUGAUAAUGUGUCAAUAACGCAUUUUAACAUGCCAUUCAUACACGAGGAUGCUACAGAGAAACCAUUUUAGUUUUGUUAUUUGUCAAGAUGAAAAGCAUGCAGCGUGUAACAGGGUAACUUUCUUUGAUAAAUACAGCUCAUGAGCGGCAGUCUUAUAUCCUUCAUUGAUUAUGAGGAGGAGAACCUUGAGCCACGCUGCGCCAUAGCAGGAUACGCCGACUUCUUCUUUCAUGGAGCAAAGUUCCUUUUAGAUCUGCUCCCAGUUGGAGGCUUUUCAAAGAUGUGUGAGGUGAACUAUCUCAUGAAUGGAGAUGACUCUCAGUAAAAGUUUAAUGCCUCCUCUUGCGCAGUGGAGCCUGCACCAUUUGUGAUUUGAUGGAAUCCACAAAUGUGUGGGAAACUAAGGACUAAGCUGUUGAGCUUCGAUGUUCUAGGUCGGCGGUGGUCAGUACCUAUUCAAGGUUGUAAAUGGAUGAUGGGUUUGGUGCAGCCGAAGAUCACAAGCAACAUUGUGGAGCCAAAACUAAUUGCCUGCUGCUUCAUUAGUGACGUUAAACCAUAAACUAUAACUAUAAAAUAAGUUCAAAAGUGAGGUGUGGAAAAUAAACUGAUAAAAGACAUUAAGUGUAAUUAAUAGAUCAAAUAAACUCAACAUUCUUGUUGGUCAAGCAGUUAGCAUUUUGUUAGCAUUUCUACUAAGUAGCGACGCUAAUUUCUAAAUAAUGUAAGCUUUUUCCUUGAUUACCAUUUUUCUUCUGUUUGUACUUUCGACCCCUGAAACGAAUCAGAUUUUAACAUUAAAAUAUUCAUCUUCAGAAGCCAGCUCUCAGUUUGAGGCUGCAAUGUCCUACUUCAGGCUUAUCUUCAACAUCUCCAUCAUGAGUCCAAGAUUAAAAAUAAAACUAUCCGCUUCGGGUCUGAAGCGUCGUCUGGGAAUGAAAACAUUAGUGGCACAUACAGAGGGCAUCAGGCCUGCCUGAAAAUGAUUGCAGACCAUGUUGAAAUUCAAUAUUAAAUCAGUUACGUUAGUUAUUUUCAAUGUUUCCGGUGGAGGGAGGUGGUGUAAGAGGCAAACAUGUCUGUCUAGUGUUCCGUUGUUUAUAUGAAUAUCACCUUUCAGAAUAAGCAGGUGUGUCUCACUGCUCCAGAGAUAAGUCUGCUCUCACAUGAAUUAUUUGUUGCAGUUAUCUGCUUGGUGCACAUUUGACAUGAACGCAGCAAAGCACACGUGUCCUGUAGUUAGUGCACCCUGAAUAUUUAAUGACAUCUUUUUCUUACAAUGCUACUCCAGUUCCCAGCUUCUGCUUCCUCUGUGCACUGUGACUGCUGCUCAGUUUCCUCACUGCUUUGGAGCAUUCAAAAUGUCAUUCAUUCCAAAUGCCACUGGAUACAGCUGAUGGUGAUACAAUGUAGUGCAGCUAACAAAGACCAAUGCCACUGUUCAAGACCCUCGUGAGUGUCUCGGCCUGUGUGGGAGUAGUAAGGUCAC